GGGAUCGGCGCUAAACGAGGCCACGCAUUGUCUGGCCCUCCCGCCCUCCGUUGCGAGCGAGCAACGUGAUUGGCCCAGGCCUCGGAAAGAGUGCCCGGGGAUCCAAAUGUACAGGCCGCAUUUAUCUUAGUGUCGAAAAAUAAACCCAAACAAUAACAGACACAACCGAGAAAGGAAACAUAUCGACGAUCCAUUUGAAGGAGUCCAUAAUAAGGGUUCUCCCUCCCAAUGGAAGGAAGAAACACCAGCAACACACUGUUCUUAUUUUAGAGUGCAUUGUCAUCAAAUGUGAAGCUUUUUUUAAGAUCAAAGAGAUGGACCACGGUGGAGGGAUCCUGGAGCUACACACACAGGAGUUAAAGAUGCCUCACACCAUGAUCAUGCAAGACUUUGUGGCAGGAAUGAGGGGCCUGGCCCACAUCGACGGGGAUCACAUUUUGGUGUCUGUGCCUGAGGGCAUGCUCCUGUCUGACGUCAUGACAGACGAAGGCAUCCUGCUGGAGCACGGCCUGGAGGUGCAGGGCCUCGAGACAGAGGUGGAGGUGGAAGGCCUAGAGACGGAAGUUGAAGGCUUUGGAGCGGAGGUGGUGGAGCUAGAGACACAGAUGGUUGAGGGCCUCGAGACAGAGGUGGUUGAAGGCCUGGAGGUCGAGGCCCUGGAGGCGGAGGUGGAAGUCGAGGGCCUUGAAGCAGAGGUAGAGGUCCUAGAGGAAUAUCUAGAGACUGAGGUGAUUGAAGGCCCUGACAUCGGAAACGAACAGUUGCUGGGUUCCGAAGUGGCCAUCGAGGAGGCAAUAGACUCUCACCAUCACCAUGUUCUAACCUCAGACCUCAUCCAGGGCUCAGUCCACCACCACCACAUGCCAGACCAGCUUUUUGUGGAGCACCAGGAGGAGGAGGAGGAGGAGGACGUGUUGGAGGGCUUGGACCAGGAGGUGUUGGUGGGGGAGGAGGAGACAGUGAUCCAGGCCCACGAGGAACUGCCGGUGGACGUGGAGGCUGUCUCUCUGCAGACUGAUGAGGAGGACUACCUCAUGAUCUCCUUGGAUGACGUUGGUGAGAAGCUGGACAGAGGAGACACUCCUCUAGAGAUCACUACUGAGGUGAUGCAUGAUGAAGACUCCAACAAGGAGGGGUCCGAGGUCAUCAAGGUCUACAUCUUCAAAGCAGAGGCUGAUGAUGAUGUGGAGAUAGGUGGGACCGAGGUGGUGUCUGAAAGUGACUGCCAUAACGGCCACCAUGCUGGGUCGGAGUCUGGGGGAGGAGGCAGACAUGGCCGGGGGGAGAGGAUGGUCUACAUGGCUGUGAAGGACCACGCCCAGUCAGAGGAAGAUAUCAAUGUGUCAGACAUGGCAGAGCAGGUCUACAUGGAGGUGAUUGUAGGAGAGGAGGACACCUCUGCAGUCCAGGAGAACCAGCUAGAUGACUCUCCAAACAGCAAGAUGUUAGUCCCUGUCUCCUGGGCUGCUGCCUACGAUAACAACAGUGUGGACAUGGUGAGGAAUGGAGGGACCAGGCCAUACCUUCAGAUCAGAGACGGUCAGGGUACCAACAGAGCCCUCAAACAGAAGAUCAAGAAGAAGAAGAGGAAUGGCGAGACACGGCAGUGCCAGACCGCUGUGAUCAUCGGUCCAGACGGCAUGCCCCUGACCGUCUACCCCUGUCACAUCUGUGGUAAGAAGUUCAGGUCACAAGGCUUCCUCAAGUGCCACAUGAAGAACCAUCCUGACCACCACCUUAAGAAGUACCAGUGUACCGACUGUGACUUCACCACCAACAAGAAGGUCAACUUCCACAACCACCUGGAGUCCCACAAGCUACUGGUCCAUCACAGAGACAGAACCUCUUCCCCAGACUACCCAGAAUACAACAGGACCACCCCAGAGUACCCAGAAUACAACAGGACCACCCCAGAGUACCCAGAAUACAACAGGACCACCCCAGAGUACACAGAAUACAACAGGACCACCCCAGAGUACACAGAGUACACCCGGCGUUACCACGAAGACAGCCAGCUAGGGUCUAACAAGCUGAUCCUGAGGGACAAGGAGUCCAAACUGCACCACUGUAAGUACUGUGACUAUGAGACUGCAGAGCAGGGGCUCCUCAACCGCCACCUAUUGGCCGUUCACAGCAGGAACUUCGCCCACGUGUGCGUGGAGUGCACUAAAGGCUUCCGUCACCCGUCAGAGCUGAAGAAGCACAUGCGGACCCACACGGGCGAGAAGCCGUACUGCUGCCCGCACUGUGACUUUCGCUGUGCAGACCAGUCCAACCUAAAGACUCACAUCAAGAGCAAGCACGGUGCCGACCUGCCUUUCAAGUGUGGCCACUGCCCCCAGGCCUACGCUGACGAAGGGGAGCUGCAGCGGCACACGGAGAUGGUGCAGGGCCACAAGACCCACCAGUGUCCCCACUGCGAACACAAGAGCACCAACUCCUCUGAUCUAAAACGACACAUUAUAUCUGUUCACACCAAAGACUUCCCUCACCAGUGUGACGUGUGUGAGAAGGGCUUCCACCGGCCCUCUGAGCUGAAGAAACACUCAGAGACGCACAAGGGCAGCAAGGUGCACCAGUGCAGGCACUGUAACUUCACGACCUCUGACCCUUUCACCCUCAGCAGACACAUCCUCUCCGUUCACACCAAGGACCUCCCCUUUAAGUGUAAACGCUGCCGGCGAGGGUUCCGCCAGUCCACGGAGCUGAAGAAACACAUGAAGACCCACAGCGGGAGGAAGGUGUACCAGUGUCAGUACUGCGAGUACAACAGCCCGGACGCUUCAGGAUUCAAACGCCACGUGAUCUCGAUCCACACCAAGGAAUACCCCCACUGCUGUGACUACUGUUGUAAAGGCUUCCGAAGGCCCUCGGAGAAGAGCCAGCACAUAGCCAGGCAUCACAAAGAUAUGCUGACGGAGCGUUGUUAAUACAAUGUUGACACAACGUUACCCGGACAGACAGACUGGCACACUCACUCCUCAGUCUACGUAGACCUGAUUCACACGACAAAGGGGGAACACGUUUAGGCAGUUGAUAAGGAUGGAAUGGUACAUUUAGACUGCUAGCGACGAUAACAUUCUGACUGUUUCUCUUUUUCUACUGGUUGUAUAGAGUAGGAAGAGGUCUCACCAGACCCCCCCUCCCCCAUUCCCUCUCCCCCAGGUGUAAUCAAACUAAGCAUGUGGUGGAGGUUGGUGAAGUUUAAAACCAGUGUAUAUGUUGUCAGUGGGGCACCUGUCACUCUGUCUGUAUUUAUUUAUCUGCAGAAAGAGGAUUCACCAUAUGAUUAACAUUUUUUUUUUCAGGGUCUCAAAAUAUGUCUGUGUGUUUUCCUGUUGAAUAUCUGGAAGAAAGAAAUGGACAGAAGUCCUCUAAUAUAGGAAGUGGUUAUUUGAGAACAUCAUUCAGGCCUGUUCUUCUCUAUCUCACCAGACUGUAUCUGGAUCAAACUAGUGCAUACUGUAUCUGGAUCAGACUACUGUAUCUGGAUCAGACUACUGCAUACUGUAUCUGGAUCAAACUAGUACAUUCUGUAUCUGGAUCAAACUAGUGCAUACUGUAUCUGGAUCAAACUAGUGCAUACUGUAUCUGGAUCAAACUAGUGCAUACUGUAUCUGGAUCAAACUAGUGCAUACUGUAUCUGGAUCAAACUAGUGCAUACUGUAUCUGGAUCAGACUACUGUAUCAAACUAGUGCAUACUGUAUCUGGAUCAGACUACUGUAUCAAACUAGUGCAUACUGUAUCUGGAUCAAACUAGUACAUACUGUAUCUGGAUCAAACUAGUGCAUACUGUAUCUGGAUCAGACUACUGUAUCAAACUAGUGCAUAUUGUAUCUGGAUCAGACUACUGUAUCUGGAUCAAACUAGUGCAUACUGUAUCUGGAUCAGACUACUGUAUCUGGAUCAAACUAGUGCAUACUGUAUCUGGAUCAGACUACUGUAUCAAACUAGUGCAUACUGUAUCUGGAUCAGACUACUGUAUCAAACUAGUGCAUACUGUAUCUGGAUCAAACUAGUGCAUACUGGAGAGCUGCAAUGCUCUGCUAACAACUUGUAUCUUCAAACCUGGGUUCAAAUCAUUUUUGAAAUAUUUCUUAUACGUUUACCAUUUCCUUUAUCCUGCCUAGAGUGGACUUUUGCGAAUCGGUUGGUUCUGUUUUGCCUGGCAAGCCCAACGAAGGUAUGUAUUUGAAAUUAUUGCAAAUAGUUUUUGAACCCAGGUCUAAGUAUCCUCCCAAUAACCUGGUUUAUACCCUAAUACCGUUUGUUUUAAAGGCAAUCUGAAUCACAAUCAUGUCAUUAUGAGCCUGUGGGCCCUGUUUGGGUGGUCCACCUGUGAGGUCAGAGUGGAACAAUGUUUACACAAGCACCUUAAUCUACGAGCUAUGAAACCAACUCGUUUUUUAAAAAACAAACAACUUUGUUUAGUUUCUUCUUAACAGUGCCAAUUUAUUAUUAAUUCAACUUUAAUGUUUUGGUGUUUGGUGGGCAGAUGGUUCUGUAUGUUUGGUAAAAACUUCAGCUGUUGUCACCACAGUUUUUUGACCUUGUGAAUGCCACUGUAAGUUGUGUAUAUGACCUUGUGAAUGCCACUGUAAGUUGUGUAUAUGACCUUGUGAAUGCCACUGUAAGUUGUGUAUAUGACCUUGUGAAUGCCACUGUAAGUUGUGUAUAUGACCUUGUGAAUGCCACUGUAAGUUGUGUAUAUGAUGUGUGUGUGUCAUCACAUAGAACACAGAUGUGGUCACACACAAGCCAACCAUCCGAUGGUCAGGUCUUAUGUUCUGUUUCUCCUCGUGCACUGAGCUCUGCUAAAACAGACAUCUGAAAAGUAAAGUUGAUUUUAAGUCUCAAACAUAUGCCGUGUAAAGAGAUUGUGUGUUUUGAGUCAGUAGAAAGCACUUUAACUAUUAUUUUGUUAAUUUUACAUGUACGAAAAGGUGUAUAAUGUAUAUUCCCUGAAUGAGACAAUAUGAGUGUUGUGGGUAUUUCAGGGCCUGGAGUGGGACGGUAGCGACCAGUAUUCAUCCAAAUGUAUCAUCAAUAGAGAGCUGUCUAAUGAACUCUUCUGUUUUCAUAUCUGCUAGGUAAUUGGUUGGUAAUUCUGUUGAGAUUUCUGCUCACUGGUGUCCAGCAACCCCACAGUCAGUUGGCUACACACACCUUAAGUACAAUGGUGGAGAGAUUGUCGUUGGAGUCUUAAAGUAUGCACAUAGUAGGCUGGCCAUGAAAUGAAUUGUGUUUAAAAAAAAAUGUAUGUAUUUUUUUUUUUUGUCUGACUGUUCAGAAACUACUGGUGAGGAGCAACCAAAAUAAACAAUGACCUUUUUA